AUGACUAAAACCUACAAAUCAGCUGAGAAAUCUCGAUCUAUGGGUAUCACAGAAGAUUAUCUAGUAGAUAAUCCUAUUCAAGUGAAAUUUAUGAGCAACCCUAAAUUCUGUUCUACUCUAAAAAAGUAUUUCGAGAAGACAUUUGCUGUACUAAUCGUGAUCAAACAACCAGACGAUGAUGAAGAAGAAAAUACUUAUACGAUUCAAAUCUCAGGCGAAUUUGCUGAACGUGUCCAAUCGUGUAGAAAUGAACUAGAUAAUAUGUUCCGGUCAAUUCAAAAAGAAAUAGUAUGUGCUAAUGAUAAAAUACAAUCGUUUCUAGCAUAUCAUCGAUGUGCAGUUGAUAUUAUUCAAAAUAUUCUGAAUCACAAAAAGGAAUUCGUUGUAAUAGAAUUAAAGAAUAGCAAGACGUGUGUUAUUCAUUAUUUUAAAUAUAAAAUGCCUUUUUAUAUGCAUAAUAUUAAUGAAACUAUUAAGAACAAUGCAUUAGAAGUGACAUUAAUCUUACCAUUUCAUUCUGAGCAAACAAUCAAGUGUUCAGAAGAUUUUCAACAGAAGAUACAAGAAAACAAUCUUGCCGAAGACAUGAUAUCGAUUCGUCUGAUUGACAUGCUUGAUGAUCAUGUGCCAAAGUUUAUCAAACAAAAAAGGCGACAACAAUUGAGAAUAUUCGGUUAUCAUAAAACCGUUCGGGAAUUCGAACAACAGUACAAAGAGUGGUUCAAUCGGUAUCAACUGAAUACUUUCAGUUUACAACUUAAUCCGAUGCAGAUGGAUUACCUAACCCACGUAUGUUCAGCAUCAGUGAGAGAAAUCGAAAGAAGGUAUCACUCAGAUGGUGUUAGUUUACAAAUCAAAUCAAACGAGUUUAUAGCUCCGUUGUAUGUUACAGAAGAAGUCGUCACGCAAAUCAACGAUUUAUUUUCAAACAUGAAGACCGUGAAAUUUCAGACAGCUGAAAUAUUUCAAGCCAUUGCUGAAAGAGAAAUCGAACGUCUACAGUGCAUUGCGCAUCGCAAUCAAUGUCAUAUCCAUCAACAUGAGUUCGCAACAGACAACUCUAGAGCAUACAUUGUACCAAAAGCAAUAGAUUCGAACACUAUCGAGAAAGCUUCAUCGAAAUUUCUACUUGCACAGUCAAAUUUAUUUGGUUUAUCCACUGAUGUGAUCAGAAAAGUUCAACUGAGUAAGGGAUCAAUCAGUGUUUGUAUUGGAGAUAUCGCCAAAGAAAAGGCGGAUGUCAUUGUGGUACCAUCAACAUCGAAUGGUCUGUGCGAAAGAAUCAUUGAACAAGCUGGUUUAAAUGUAAACACAUUGACAUAUCAACCCAACCAACAGAAAUCAAACAUAAAAUUUAUUGAAGCACAAUCAAAACAAUUAUUAUGCAAAAGCAUUUUAUUCUCAAAUUGGACACCACCCAUUACCAGUGACGAUAAUACUUUCCGACGAUCAGCACAAGGCUUCAUCGCAAAAUCAAUUCAAUAUGCUAUUACUCAGCUAAACGCUGAAUCAGUCGCUUUUGCGCUCCCCGACUUAUACGAUAAAGAAGAUACUAUUACGAACGCUAUAGUUGAAGAAACGAAACGUCAACUCGAACGGUCAUCAACUGUUGACGUAUCAUUCGUAUUUUUCUAUGAUCAAAAAGAAUUAUUUGAUAUGUUUGCUACGGAAAUGGAAAAACUGCACAGUUUUCUAGAAUUUUCAUUUCCCACGAUAACUAUGCAAAUCACGCUUUUAAGUUCUAGCCGUAAAUCAUUAAAAAAAUGUCAGAACAAAAUAGAAAGUUAUCUCAAGCGAUUGAUGACUAAAUCGAAAUUAGAAUUCAAGAAUGACGAUAGAGCCUUUAAACAAUGGAAUCAACAUCUAAUUAAUGCAUAUUAUUUUUAUUGCAAAGAACGAUGUGUUCUCUCAAUAAUCCUAGAUAAUAGUAAUAGGCAAGUGAUAGAAUUGUGUGGACCACCUGAACGUAUUCAAGAAGUUAGAGACAAGUACAGAUUACUAGAUACAUUGCAAAAACAAAAAUUACAAAUACAAACAACACUACGACUCAAUUCCUCUACUCCUCGAGCAGCAAUGAAUAUCACAUGUUACAAUAUCAUGUUGGUGCAUAAUCCAAAUGACCAAGCUCGAUGUCAACGUUUAGCAGAUCGUCUUAUUGAUGAUGGUUUCUCUGCACUGAUGAUAGACACUGCAACAACAAUGAUUCCAAUUGAUAAAUGUGAUUGUAUUAUCAUAUGUCUUAGUCAUCGUUCACAAGAGAAUGAAGAAGCAAUCGCGAAUGCUGUUAAUGGAGCAGAUGCUAAAGUUAUUUUAACGAAUAUUCAGUACUUUAAUACGUCGGUUAGCGGUUGGUUACAUGAGUAUAUGAUCGGAAAACUUUGCUAUUAUUUGUAUGGAUCGGAUAGUUAUUUCAAUUUAGAAUACGAUAAAUUAAUGUUAGAAGUGUUGAAAAUCACGAAACCUGGUUAUAUCUCGCUGUUACAAUCGACAGUAAACACGUCUGAUGAGUUACAACAAGUACGACAACAAACAGAACAACAACGAAAGCACUUGUAUAAUAAAAGAGUUAAAAAACUAAUGAAAUUAGGGAAAAUAGAUGGUGACGACAUGAAAAAGUGCAUUGAAAAGGUAAAAGAUAUAUUAAAGGAACCAGAAACGGAUCGAGACGAAAUGGAAGAUGAGUCCAUGGUCGAUGAAGAGAAUGAAACUAAUCAAGAGAUACCACAUGUUGAAUCAUCGCUUUUGUUGUUUCAUCGCUGGUUGAAUAAAGCACCGAAUGUAUCUAAACAAAAUAUACCUCCAUUCACGUUAACAGGUGAUAUCAACGAUGCUAUUUUCCCAUUACCUGAAGAUAUGAAUAAAAACAAAGAAGAAUUUAUGCAACGAUACUUUACAAAGUAUAGACCAUUUGGCAUGAUAGGAUCUUUGACGUUUAGCAUGAGUGGCCACCCAAGAACAACAUCAAGUCCAUACGGAAACAUUCCAGUUAAACAGUUAUAUCUCGCUGAUCGUACAUUUGGUAUUCCAUCAACCGAAAUUUCUCAAGAAAAUGAGCAACUCACCUCUGAGCGUAUAUUUGGUAUUCCAUCAACCGAAAUUUCUCAAGAAAAUGAGCAACUCAUCUCUGAGCGUCGUAAUUUCUUCUCUGCCCAUGCAGUUGGGCGCAAUGUAUGGGAAAAUUUUCCUUUAUCCAGAUCAAUAGCGAUGUCUGAAAAGGGACGCAUCUCUAACCGUUGUAAGUUCUUCCCUCCGAAAGCAUUUGGACGCAAUGUAUGGGCAAAUUAUCCUUUACUCAGUCCAAGCGUAAUGGAUGCACCAAUUCCAGUUCCAACCAAUUCAAUUCCAAUUCUUGAUUUGGAAUUGGUCUGGAAUUGGUUGGAAUUGGAACUGGAAUUGGUCGGAAUUGGUCUGGAAUUGAAAUUGAAAUUGAUCGGAAUUGAUUGGAAUUGGAAUUGGUCGGCAUUGGCUGAAAUUACGCUGGAAUUAGUUUAG